UGUGAACGACAAGGCCCAGGAUGCGCCGCGCCCGCCGAGGAGCCAACGGGGAACUACAAGUCCCAGGAUGCCCGGCGGCGGCGGCGGGGGGUGGGUGAGCGUCUCCGGGCUGCUCCCACUCCCCGCGUGGUGCGGGGGUGGGAGACGGAAACGGCACCGCGGAGUCGGAAGGGGGAAUGAGGUGGUGGACGUUGGGAUACCAUGAUGGAUAACCGCUUUGCUACAGCUCUAGUAAUUGCCUGCGUGCUCUGCCUCAUUUCCACCAUUUAUAUGGCAGCCUCAAUUGGUACAGAUUUCUGGUAUGAGUACCAUAGCCCAGUCGGAAAUGCCAGCGAACUUGGCAGGAGUAUUUUGGAGGAAUUCAUCAGUAUGGACGCAGAUGAGAAGACUUAUACAGAUGCACUGUUCCGGUGCAAUGGCACAGUUGGAUUGUGGCGGAGAUGUAUCACUGUUCCCAAAAACUCUCACUGGUACAGCCCACCAGAAACUGAUAUGGUCAGAAGCUGCAUCAGUUUUUCCCUCUCUGAUCAAUUUGCGGAGAAGUACAUGGAGCCUGGGAACCACAAUAGUGGUAGUGACCUGAACCGGACCUAUCUUUGGCGUUUGCAGUUCCUCCUGCCAUUCGUCAGCCUAGGGCUAAUGUGCUUUGGGGCUUUGAUUGGCCUUUGUGCUUGUGCCUGUCGAAGCCUCUACCCUGCCAUUGCCAUAGGAGUCCUACAUUUCCUUGCAGGUCUGUGUACGCUGGGCUCAGUCAGCUGCUACGUAGCUGGAAUUGAGCUGCUCCACAAGAAGCUGCACCCACCUGAUGAUGUGCAGGGUGAAUUUGGCUGGUCCUUCUGCCUGGCUUGUGUAUCUGCUCCUUUACAGUUUAUGGCAGCUGCUCUCUUCAUCUGGGCAGCCCGCACCAACAGGAAGGAAUUCACGCUCUUGAAAGCGUACCGUGUAGCAUAAAUAGGACACUUCAUUCAUGGCCAGUUGCUGCUUCACAGUAUUUUGUUUCAAUAUUAUAGGCCUUUUCCCAUUUGUACCCCAUCCUUCUUUUGGUCAGGUAUCUGCUCCAUGCACUGCAUGCUUCUUGCCAGUUGAGUUUCAGUGGUCUGCAGGUUUUGAAAACAAAGGCCUCUGGGCCAAACUUGAACAGCUUUCUCUUGCCAGAAGUCUGCAGAAUUUUAACAGACUUUUAUUAUAUAAUUUAAAAAAAAAAAACUUGUUUGUGGAAAUAGUCUUAAGAGCUCAUCCCCCUUUUUAAUUAUAUUACCCUAACUGGACACUUACAUCUAAAUCUGAUCUGAAAAAACAGGAGAGGCAUUGUGGGGCAGAGGCGGAAUAGGGGAAGAAAAGAGGGAGACACAGGAGAAGAAUGAGAGAACUGCAGAGUGUGAA